GCUCGCCAAACAAUGCCCACGCAGACUUUGAUUGUGGUAGACACGCAUGCCGACACAUUGGAACGGCCCCUAGUUGUAGAGCCGUAACAUCGGAAUUCGACUUCGUGUCUACACAGCUGAAUUACUGCAUGACCUUGCGUUCAAGAGCUGAAUGGAAGAGAAGAGUUGCCUCUCUUCAAGGUCAACAUGUCUUCCCAUGGACUACCGAAAUAUAUAUCGCGUGGUAGUUCGCGAGGGUACACUGUCUUCCAUUUCCUGCGUGGGAUGAGCCAACAGAGAUCUUACAGUCUGUUGUACAAGUCACUAUGGCGAGUAACACCGUCUCACCAUAUUCCGCUUCGACCUUGGCAGUUGCGGUCGACAGCGCCUCAGCUCAAUUUUCCCUAGAUCAUGACCUUCCAUCUCAAGAUUUGGUUUCCUGGAGGAGUACCCAGGUUCCAUCAUCGAAAUGUAUAACACCAUGCGAAGUUGUCAGAGACACCUCAUUUUCAACCGAGUAUCAGGAGACAAAAACGGUCGGGGUGUCACAGCUCGGCGCCUGGAAAUAUACCGCCGCCACAUUGCAUCCAUGGCGAUGGCAACUAGUCACUUCGGUCUUCUCGAUUACUUGUUUUACAUACCUAUUCUACUUAGCAUCGAUAUGGGACGAUAGACCUCUGGCCGAAUGGACCACGGAGACUGUAUCUAUUAAUGCCGUAGUUGCCGCCACCGCGACUGCCCUCAAAGGUAGUUUAAUGGUCCUCGUGGCGAGUACCAUUAGUCAAUCCCGGUGGAUGCAUUUCGCCAGCAGCGGCGUUCCUCUUCGCGACCUGGAAUAUAUCGAUGAUGCAGCUCGCGGGCCUUGGGGUAGCCUUCUGUGGCUCUUACGAUUACCGCGGACAUCAUUACUGGUCACGAUUGGGUCAUGCGUGACGCUGGUUGCGACGGCUUUUAGCUUCUUCGCCCAGCAGUUCGUAGCCAUAGAUUUGAGACGUGUCCCGGACCCUGAAGCCGUUGCCUACUUCCCAUGGGUCCAGGAUGCUUCGAUCUUUGACUUGUCCUCGAUCCGCGCCUUUUCUGAUGGGUUUCUUGGUGUAAAACCCGACGACGUACUCAUGUCAUGUCCUACAGGAGAAUGCACGUGGAACAGCGUGCUCUCCGUUGGCGUUUGUGGAACUUGCUUGGAUGCAACUCAUCGAUUGGAACAGGCCUCGUGCGCCAACAUGCAGUUAGCCCAACAUGAUCGGAACUACGAGACUAUCCUGUGCAACUACACAAUUUCUGGCAGUCGAGGCAAUGCUAGUAAUGACCGUGUGGUCGUAGCGCCUGCAUACAACACGUCGUUGAAGCUCCCAAUUGUGCAACAUUAUGGCUUGUCUGGAGUGUCGCCGCUUCCUUUGGUCCAUAUCUUCGGGCUCGGCGACAGCAUAACAUACCCCAAGCAAACAUGUAACACCAGUGGGCUUUGGACAGGUUCAUUCGGCAGCUUCGAAGUGCCGCUCUUGAACUACGAUCCCGACACGCAUGUACUCCAAUUUGGCUCGCCCACCCUAACACAGUGUGACCUCCGAUUCUGUUUGCAGAAUUAUGCAAUCAAUAUUGACCAUGAUCAGAUAACCCAAACACUGACCAACACUACUGGGUUCUACUGCGAGGUCGACCAGACACCAAUCUUCCGGGAUGGUGUUGAGGGCAACAAAACCCCUUACCCGUUUGCGGUGUCUGCGCCCGAGGUUCCCUUUGGAGUGUUUUUCGACCAAUUCCGAGAGAAACCCAUUAUCCUUGAACUAGAUCGCGGCCGGAAGAAUGCAUCGGACGCAGCCAGCUACUUCCAGUCAGCUGUGGACGGCUUGAGUGAGUAUCACGGUCCGAUGACUAGUUCAAUGUCCUUCUUAAGCGCCCCUGGAGAUUAUGUCGCGGCUUGGGCACAAACAAAAGGCAAUCGCCCACUUUGGAUGGACAAUCUCGCACAGACUAUCAACAAUGCGAUCCGUCGUGCAAAUGCCGUUCCGAUGUUCCGAGACUCCUACGCCGGCACAGCAUAUUCAGAACAGGCUUACAUCAGAAUUUCGUGGUCCUGGAUUGCAUAUCCUGCGAGCCUAGUAGGCGUCACGUUAGUACUAUUUGCUGUGAGCCUGAUCACCACUCACUGGACAGGCCGGAACGUUUGGAUGACUGGAAACCUUGCAUUGUUGCUUUCGGAUGUCGAUGAGAAUAUACGGAUGCGAGCACAAGGAGCGUAUGGGUCCCACGAUAUACUGCUUGAUGCCAUUGGGAGAACAGAAGUUCACUUAGUAAGAGAUAACGAUGCUGGAUGGAUAUUUCGAGCAACCGACACAUAUUGAGGGAAGCU